UUGAUCUGGUGGAUUGUUAUUGAUACGAUUGCGUCGUUUACACAGUUUCAGGGAGAUUUCUGUCUCUUUUAUGAGGCCUUUCCAUCGCUUGAAUGUGAAACACUCAAUCAACAGUAUGGUUAUGCACUACUCAAUUCAUCAAAGCUCAACCGUAAAUGCGGUGGGUUCACGAAGGGUAGCAGCUUUAUUGCUGCAUGCUUUUGCAAUUCUGAUAACUGCAAUCAUAUAGGACGUGUAAAGGAGUUCAUCAGUGGUUCAGUCGCGAAGCCAUCGAUUUCCUCGAACGUACUUACAUGGAGAAUAAUUAAAGAUGCCAAACAGCAGAUAUCACUAUUGGAAUGCCUCAGGGACAAUAUGGUCUCUAUGGGUCGAAAAGAAGAGUUUCGGAAAUACAUUGUAGUCCCUAUACGUCCACCUUUUGGAGGUCGAGGUGCAGACAUUGAAUCACCUGAAGGCGCCCGCGAAAGAAAACAUCACCCCGCGACAAUUCAGCAAGGAAAAAGUGACUUCGAACUGAUGAUUCUCACAAAGCAGUGA